GCCGACGACCAUGAAGAGGAACAAGCAGAUCGACGUCAAGCGAGCGCUCGCCCUCGCCAGCGUCUUCAACUUCCUGUGCUCCUGCUCCAAAGGCUGCCUGCUGCCCUUCCUCACCCUGUACCUCCGGCAGCUGGGCCUCACCCCCGGGAUGACGGGCCUCGUCAUGGGCGCCAAACACCUGAUCUCGCUGGCGUGGAGCCCCGUGGCGAGUCUUCUCUCCAAGCGCUACAACAAGAGGCGAGUGGUGAUCAAGGGCUCUCUGGUGUGUUCGGCAGCGGUUGCUCUGGUUCUGCUGCUCGUCCCGACCACAGACGUGAAACCCCAGAGCAGCUCCUGUAACACCACGAAUCUGAGCAGCGGUUCAGCCCAAAGUAACCUGCUCACCAGCAGCAUCGUACCUGAAACCACGGUGACCAGCGCUCCCCCAGAACAUCCUGUUUCCCAUCCUGGUGACACGUUACCUGCAAAGACGAUCGCUGAGACUAAAUCUGCUUCUGUAAUGACGAGCACAGCUUCACAGAAUCAGCAAGAGGAUGUUUCUGUUCGAGAACCAGGGAUCAGCAGCUCCGUUGUCCCUAAUGUCUCCGGCUCCUCUGCUGCUGCUGUGAGGAGGAGGAGGAGGUCAGAGGUCAAAUCCAGCUCUGAGGAGCCACAGACGACAGAGGACGAGAGCCGCUUCGACUUUUUAGCAGACUUGAAGGUCAUGGACCCUCAACACCAGCUCUUCUUCCUGAUCCUCAUCCUGGUCUCGGUGUGGGAGUUGGUGUCGGACCCUCUGGAGUGGACGGCCGAUGACGGACUGUAUGAAUAUCUGGAUUUUGCCGACGCCUCCGACCGCUACACCGCCAUCGGGCCGUGGGGUCUGCUGGGAGCGGCGUGCGGAGCGGGAGGUGCCGGGCUGCUGGUCAGCCAGUUGAGUUGUCUCAUAGCCGAUCGGAUCCCGAGGAGCGCCGCACAUUUCUUCUGCUACGCUGGUUGUGCCGCCCUGGCGCUGCCCGUGGCGUGUUACCUCCCUCUCUACCUGAACAGGAAGCGCGACCGGGCCAACGGGCUCCUGAAAGCCGUGCAGCUGGUGCGUGGUUCCCCUCGCGCUCUGCUCUGCGCCGUCACCACCCUGCUGGUCGGGGCGGCGAGCUCAGCCGUGAACAACUUCCUCCUGUGGCAGAUGCAGGACCACGGGAGCAACGAGCUGCACAUGGGGUCGUCUCUUGCCCUCGCUCUGGUCUCACAGGCCGCCUUCCCUCUGCUCGCCGGCCGGGUGUCCAGGCUCCUCAGCCCGGGGAGGGUCCUCGCCGUGGGGGCCGCAGCUCUCGGCCUGCAGUGCCUCUACUACUCCUUCCUCUGUGGCCCCUGGGCCGUGCUGCCUGCCCAGACGCUGAGUUGCUUCAGCAGCGGAGCCCUAUGGUGGGCGGUGAACGUCCAGUGUGAGGACGUCGCCACGCCGGAGGCAGAGAGGAGCGUGAGGAGGAUCUACAGCGCCCUGUCUCUGCAGCUGGGAAGCAGCCUGGGCAGCGUGGGCGGGGGGUUUGUGGUGCAGAGGUUCGGGCUGGCGUGGCUGUUCAGGGCAGUGGCAGCGGCUCUGAUGCUGUGGUGCGUGUGUCUGAUGCUCCUGCAGUGGAAGGCCCCUCACCAGCGCAGGAUCAACUACUCCCGCCUCCUGGCCGCCAACGCCAGUGAGGCCAGUGACUCUGAGUCGGAGCAGGAGCGGGACUGGCUCGACCAAGCCAUGGAAACCGAUAGAAGCAAUAACAAUUAUGGAAGGAGGAUAAACCACUGAGAGAAACUGAACUCUACAGAGUCGGCUGCACGAAAGAGAACAGUGGGUGAAGAGCAUAAUAUUUAACAAUAUGUAGAAUAACAUGUGGUGAACACGGUCCUGUACAGACAUGUCAAUCUUCAUCAAGUAGCAUGAACCAGAUGACUGAUGGGUUAUGACUGGUUUUAUUUCAAUCUCCGCGCUGACGUUUUCUGACUUUCAUUUGCACACACUCAUAAAUAUCUGUCCCCUAAACCUGCUUUAUUUAUCUUCAUCCAAAUCCAUCAGAAGUGUUAAAAUAUAUCCUGUCGCACAAUGUCAAAGAUCCGGAUCCACAACUUGCUCUUCCCUGACUCACAGCACCUCCCUCUAAGUCGUUUUUGUGUAAUCCAUUUUACAAACACAGAGAGGACACCACACAGCAGCAGUGUUCCAUGUGGCCAGAAGCUCUCUGCAGCACCGGGCAUGUUUAACAGGGUUUAAAAGCCUCUGACAAGCAGAGCAAACAGCAGCCGUGUGCACAAGGUGAGGCCGGACCAGUCGCUCUGUGACACCACACCCGACACACUGAGCUGUGUGGAUCUGCUGGAUCAGAGGCUCCUUCCAUUUGGGCCUUUUUGAAGCUGUGAAGAUGCUGAUUGUAAACAAUGUGUAAUUAACUGCAGCUACAGAACAUUUAAAGUUUGUCUGUGUUUGAUCCCUCUGUCCUGGUGGGGGAACAUGUUGUAAACACACUUUAACACGUCUCUGGAUUCAUAUGAAACUGCAAAUGUUGAAUUAAUAUUCUGCAAAUCUGUGCAUUGAGAUCAUAUUAAUAUAAAACGCUCCAUAAUGUGAUGUUUGUUUUGUCCGUAAAGUUUCAAUUCAAUUCAACAACUUUCCUCUGGGGGGCAAUUCAUUCAAGAAUAAAUAAAGUGUAUUGUAAUGUG